CCCCCCUGUCAUGCAAUUUCACAUGAGAAAAAUACAUUGUGUAACGUUUAGUAGAGACCCCCCUCUACAAAAAAAAAACAUUACAUCUGUAAACUCUCUUAUACUAGUCUUCUGAAUGAGAUAAGUAGUUGCAGACGGUCGCAGAUUAAAUUUUUGCAGUCAAACAAGAUGGAUCGUUGGAAUAAUAAAGUUGCAGUUGUGACUGGUGCCAGUUCUGGAAUUGGUGAAGAUUUAGUGAAAACAUUGGUUAAAAAAAAUGUCAACGUCAUUGGAUUGGCGAGAAGAAUUGAAAAAAUGGAAAAAAUUAAAAAUGACAUGAAAAAUGAAAAAGGUUCAUUUCAUCCGAUAAAGUGUGAUGUCAGUAAAGAGGAGGAUAUAAUUAAAGCAUUUCAAUGGAUUAAAAAAAAUUUUAAAACCGUCGAUAUUCUUGUUAAUAAUGCUGGAGUUUUUGAUUUUGGCUUAACAAUUGAAAGUUCAACCGAAGUUUUGAAAAAUAUUAUUGAUGUAAAUUUAAUGGGACCUACAUUCUGUACUAGAGAGGCUGUAAAAAUAAUGAGAGCAAAUAAUACAGCCGGUCAUAUUAUUAACAUUGACAGUAUUUUGGGGCAAAAUGUUUCAUUUUACGGUACUACAGCAGCGAAUUUGUACAGUCCAAGUAAAUACGCUUUAAAAGCUAUGAGCCAAGUUGUUGAAUUAGAACUUGAAUACGUAAAAAGUCCAACAAAAGUCACUACAAUUUUCCCUGGAAUGGUGAAAACGGAAAUGCCACCAGAUGCAGCACUUCAAACGAUGCCCUACGUUGAUGCUGAAGAUAUUAGCGAUGCAAUUAUUUAUGCUCUGUCCACACCACCACAUGUUCAGAUAAAGGAACUUACAAUUACUCCAGUUCCGGGCUGUCAACGAAAAUAAAUAAAAAAAAUUUUUUUUGAAUAUUUUAGUAUUAAAAUCGUAAAUAGUGAUUUUAAUAUCGUGAUUUGAAAAUGUAUUUUUUUUAAAUAAAAUCUUAUUUUUAAGUGGAAAAUA